AUGCAGCUCACUCGCUUCUUGAUGAAGCUCAACAACGAGACCGUCUCGAUCGAGCUCAAGAACGGCACCUCCGUCGGCGGCACGAUCACAGGCACGCUUUCUUCCGCCCUGCGCACUCGUGUGGAUGUAGCGAUGAACAUGCAUCUCAAAGCGGUCAAGAUGACCGUGAAAAACAACGAACCGCAAUCGCUCGACACGCUCUCGAUAAGGGGCAACAAUAUUCGUUAUGUCAUCUUGCCAGACUCACUGCCGCUCGACACGCUGCUCAUUGACGAUGGACCGAAGCCAAAGAAGAACAAGAAGAAGCGAGAGGACGCGGUCGAGGAGGACGAGGUGACAGGAGCAGAGGGCGAGCUCGUGGGCGAGGCAGAGGGAUAUGAUGAUGGUGACGAUCGUCGUCGUUCGAUCAUGCAGCAGUCGAGCAGCAGACUCGUGCUAGACUGGUCAAAAGAUGUACAUCAAUCUGACAACAACAUCAUUCCAAAAUCUACCCAUGCGUCCCUGCGGUGA